AUGGAAGGACUAUUACAUCGUGACAAGAGUUUUCGGAUCAAUUGGGGUGAUAAGAAAUCCACACCUACUUCAGCUAAUGAUUUGCCUCCUGCUUUGAAAGAUGAACGAGCAGCCAUUGAUGCUACUUUACGAAGAAUGCCUUCAACACAUUCUUUUGCUCAAAAAUGGGGUUCUUGUCAAGAAAUCAUUGGACGUGGUGCUUUUGGUGUUGUACGGGUAGCUCAUAAAAAGGAUAUGUCUGUACCAGGUUCUGAAGAACGUUUAUAUGCAGUCAAGGAAUUCCGGAAACGAAGUUCAGAAUCAACAAAAAGUUAUGUCAAACGUCUCACGUCUGAAUUCUGUAUUGCAUCAACACUUCAUCAUAUCAAUGUCAUUGAAACUUUGGAUCUAUUACCUUUGAAUGAUACUUCUUCUAUUUAUUGUCAAGUUAUGGAAUAUUGCAAUGGUGGUGAUCUUUUUAAUGUCAUAUAUGAAUGUUCCGAUCGUGGUCUUGAUAUUGCAGAAGCCAAUUGUUUCUUCAAACAACUUAUUCAUGGUGUUAAUUAUAUACAUAGUAUGGGAAUUGCUCAUCGAGAUCUUAAACCAGAAAAUCUUCUUUUUAGCUCUACUGGAUGUCUCAAGAUUAGUGACUUUGGAUCAGCAGAAUGUUUUAGUGUAGUGUGGGAAGAACCAGAUGCUCAAGGAAAACCAAUACUUCAUAAAAGUAAAGAUCUCGUGGGUUCUGAACCUUACAUUGCACCGGAAGAAUUUAUUCAAGACGAAUAUGACGCUCGGAAAGUGGAUGUAUGGAGCUGCGGGAUUAUUUAUCUGGCAAUGCGGACAGGAAGUCAUUUGUGGCACAUUGCAAAACAAGGAGAAGAUGAAGCAUAUGACCGAUACCUCAAGUUUAGACAAUUGGUAGAUGAAGAAAGGGAAAAUGCUCGAAGGGAACGUAGUUUACGUCGACAACAAUUACAACAACAAGAACAAUUAAAUUCAACAGUAGAAAAUGGAUCAGAUUUAUCUCUUUUACAAAUCCAAAGGGAAAUCAGUGUAUUAAAGGCCAAGGAAAAUAUCAAGAAAAAGGCAAAAGAAGGUGGUUAUGAUGUAUUGGAAAGUUUGGAUUUUGCUUCAAAGAAACUGAUUUAUCGACUAUUGGAUCCAUCAGGUGAUAAGCGGAUACUUACUUCUGACAUUCUCACCAAUGAAUGGUUUAUCAAGAUCAAAUCAUGUCAAUCUUAUUAG